UCAACCAAUAGGAAGUGCUAAAGUGUCAUCUACAAGCGUUCUUUCUAGUCGUCUUUCCCACAAUGGUGAGCACGCAAGUGAACGUAAAUUCCAAAGGAUUGGGCCAUAAGGCCAUCCUAAUCGAUGCCAAAGGCCACUUAUUGGGCCGAUUGGCCACCGUUGUGGCUAAGCUGCUCUUAAAUGGAGAUAAAGUUGUUGUAGUGCGGUGUGAGCAGCUGAACAUCUCCGGUAACUUCUUCAGAAACAAGUUGAAAUUUAUGUCCUUCCUGCGCAAAAGAUGCAACGUAAAUCCAGCUCGCGGGCCUUUCCACUUCAGGGCGCCUUCCAGAAUCUUCUGGAGAACUGUAAGAGGAAUGUUGCCACACAAAACCGUAAGGGGAAAAGAUGCCUUGCGCAAGCUAAAAUCAUACGAAGGUAUUCCAGAACCCUACAGUGCUAAGAAACGUCUGGUGGUGCCUGGAGCUCUGAGGGUGAUCUGCUUGAAACCCGGGCGCAAGUUCUGUCAUGUAGGCCGUUUGUCCAAUGAGGUGGGAUGGAAGUACCAGAGAGUCGUGCGUGCUGUUGAAACCAAACGGAAGGUUAAUGAAGUUCUGAGCAUCAAGAAGCGGGACAAAGUGAGGAAAUUGACUGCCCAGGCUUCAGAGAAAGUGGCUAAACAGGUGAAGCCGUUCACGGCAAUCAUUAACUCGUACGGUUACAAGUGAGAAGUUACUGUGAACUUCACGGGUUUGAAUGCCUAAUAAAUUUUUAUUAAUUUAC